AAAAUUGUUAUUUACGUGGAGCUUUGAUCAGACAACAUUUACCACCAACCCCUCAUACAACGCUAAAAUGGUUUCAGUCCGACUUCCAGUGCUAGUGUUGUUUAUUCUUACAUUGGUAGGAGCAGGAUAUUUGGGAUUUGCUCUGAUACACUUGCCAUACGAUAAAACAAUUCACUUCUUUACAUUUACCAUACUAACCAUGGAAUUCUACUUGAUAUUCAACACCAAACACAAAACAUCCACAAUACUAAGGCUAAUCACUUUUCUUGUAUGUACAUGUGGUGCCAGCAUCAGUCUGGAAAUCAUUCAAAAUGUCGUGAACCCAAGUCGAGUCUUUGAUGUCUAUGAUAUUUUGUUCAACAUGGCAGGAAGUUUAUGGGGGUUGAUAGUUUGCUGUGUAGUUCAAGACUGGAAAAUGCAAAGAAACAAAAAGUUGAAGUUUAAGUAUAAGACAAAGACAACGGUGUCAGUAUCGCCGUCGUCAUCGAUAACAAAGAAACUAGAAAAGGUGUGAUUUUGAUGUAAUGGUGCAUAAGCAAGUUUGCCUAUCACUAAUUUCGUGUAAGCAAGGUUUGCUAUGACGAAUUUCGCUAGUGGUAUUUUUUUACUAAGCUUACUAAGCUGACAAAUCCGUGCGACAUAAAACGGCGCCAUAUUUAUAGCAUUAUUUCAGCACCAUUCGAGAGCAUUUAAUUUUUGUUUAAUCCAUACUUUACUUCGA